AUGGCAGAGACCCCAAACCAACAAGGCGGGCAUCAUGCCGUUGUUUUUGGCUGUUCAGGAAUCAAUGGAUGGGCCCUCGUCAACCAGUUACUGUCUGGCUAUCCUUCAACUAGAACAUUUACAACGAUCACCGCUGUUGCGAAUCGGCCAUUCACUCCCCACGAUGCUAAGUGGCCCGCCGACGAUCGACUGAAUAUCGUUUCUGGGGUCGAUCUUUUGAUCGGCGACGACGGGUCCCUAGCAAGAACACUGACUGAAAAGAUUCCUUCCGUUGAGACUGUCAGUCAUGUAUAUUACGCUGCAUAUCGGGCUAGCGACAGUGCCCCGGAAGAAUGCCGUCUUAAUAAGGAAAUGCUCCGGGCAGCUGUGCAGAGCCUUGAUACUCUUUCCUCCAAACUAUCAUUUGUCACUCUGAUUACAGGCACCAAGGCAUAUGGUGUUUACCUGUUAGAUAAAUUCCCUUUCCGGGGACAAGUCCCACUAAAAGAGGACCUUCCUCGGGUUGGCCCCGAAUAUGCCAAGGAUCUCUUCUACUAUCACCAGGUAGAUCUUCUGCAUGAACUCUCUGCAGGCAAGACAUGGUCGUGGUGUGAAGUCCGUCCCGAUGUCAUCGUUGGCGUCGCGCCCUUUGGUAAUGCAAACUGCAUGGCUCAAACAAUGGGCAUCUACUUGAGCCUGUAUCGUGCUAUUGAAGGAGAGGGCGCUCGUGUUUCGUUUCCAGGAAACGAAACUGGGUGGCGUUUGCUUUCGACCGACUCGAACCAGGAUAUCAUUGCUCGCUUUUGCAUCUUCGCGUCGUUGAAACCACGAGACAAGGUCCACACCUGUGCCUUCAAUAUUGCUGACAGUGCAACCCCAGUUGCGUGGUCCCAGCGUUGGCCAGCGUUGGCUGCGUACUUUGGAUUGGAAGGCGUAGGGCCAAAUGAUUCUAGCAUUCACCCGACCGAGUACAUAGAUCGCCAUUGGGGUGAAUUCCAGGCCCUGUGCCGCAGCAAGGGACUCCAGGAGGACAUCAUCUACAGGAGCACACAUAACACCGGCUCCAGAAUGGGCACUCUACGCCUGAUGGACUUUGACCGGCCUUUUGAUCUCGGCCGCGCUAGGGCGCUAGGGUUUUAUGAGGAGAUGGAUACGGCGACAUCAUGGCACGGUGCAUUUGACCGGGUCCGCAAGGCAAGGAUCAUUCCGUAG